UGGUAUGUGUUUAUUAGAAUUUUCGUUGUUUAUAAUAAUUUGUACAAAAUGAGAAUGAAAUGCAGGAUUUUCCAUUCUAAUCUGUGUGGGUUUUUAAAGGUUAUUCAGCUUCUGAAAGCUGGAAAAGCUAAGGAAGUGUCAUACAAUGCGCUGGCCUCACACAUAAUUUCAGAAGACGGGGACAACCCGGAGGUGGGAGAAGCUCGGGAAGUCUUCGAUUUACCUGUCGUAAAGCCUUCUUGGGUGAUUUUGUCCGUUCAAUGUGGAGCUCUCCUGCCAGUAAAUGGUUUUUCUCCAGAGUCGUGUCAGAUUUUUUUUGGAAUCACUGCCUGCCUCUCUCAGGUGUCACCUGAAGACAGAAGCGCGCUGUGGGCGAUGCUCACUUUCCACGGCGGAGGCUGCCAGCUGAACCUCAACAGGAAGUGCACACACUUGGUCGUUCCCGAGCCGAAGGGGGAGAAAUACGAAUGUGCUUUGAAGAGAGCAGGUAUUAAGAUCGUGACCCCUGACUGGGUCCUGGACUGCAUAUCUGAGAAGAGCAAAAAGGACGAAGCACUUUAUCACCCCCGGCUCAUUAUUUAUGAAGAGGAAGAAGAGGAGGAAGAAGAGGAGGAGGAGGCAGAAAAUGAGGAGCAGGAUUCUCAGAACGAGGGCAGCACAGAUGAGAAGUCGAGCCCUCCCAGUUCCCAGGAAGGCUCUCCUCCCGGGGACCGACAGUUCUCACCCAAAUCAAACACUGACAAGUCCAAAGGGGAACUGAUGUUUGACGAUUCAUCAGAUUCAUCACCUGAAAAACAGGAGAGAAAUUUAAACUGGACGCCAGCCGAAGUCCCCCAGUUAGCGGCAGCGAAGCGCAGGCUGCCUCCUGGCAAGGAGCCCGGCUUGAUUAACUUGUGCGCCAACGUGCCGCCCGUUCCGGGGAGCAUCCUGCCUCCCGAGGUGCGCGGUAACCUCAUGGCCUCGGGACAGAACCUCCAAAGUUCUGAAAGAUCAGAGAUGAUGGCUUCUUGGAGUCCAGCUGUGCGGACACUGAGAAAUAUCACUAAUAAUGCUGACAUUCAGCAGAUUAACCGACCGUCCAACGUAGCACAUAUUUUACAGUCCCUCUCAGCACCUACGAAAACCUUGGAGCCGCAGGUGAACCACAGCCAGCAGGGCCACGCGAGCGCGGUGCUGUUAGGGCAGGUGAAGGCGACUCCUGAGCCGCAUGUGCCACCGCCGCAGCCGCACCCGGUGCUGCACCUGCCGCCCCAGCAGAUCGUGCAGCUGCAGCCGCCGCCGCAUGCGGCCCCGCAGCCUUACCCCCCGCCGCCGCCACACCUGUUCCCGCAGCCGCCGCCGCCCCGGCCGCCGCCGCCGGCCCUGCAGCAGCAGCUGCACCAGCUGCAGCAGCACCAGCUGGCCCAGCUGCACCAGCAGCAACUCCAGCGCCUGCACCAGCCGCCGCCGCCGCCGCCCCUGCAGGGCCCGGCGCCCCCGGGCCUGCAGCCCCCGCCACAGCCCCCGCACGUGCAGCCCCAGCUGUUUGGACACGACCCGGCAGUGGACAUUCCAGAAGAAGGCUUCUUACUGGGCUGCGUGUUUGCAGUUGCGGACUACCCAGAGCAGAUGUCUGACAGACAGCUGCUGGCCACCUGGAAAAGGAUAAUCCGGGCGCACGGCGGCACCGUGGACCCCACGCUCUCCAGCCGCUGCACACACCUCCUCUGUGAGAGCCAGGUCAGCGGGCUGUUCGCACAGGCGAUGAAGGAGCGGCGGCGGUGCGUCACGGCGCACUGGCUGAACGCUGUCCUCAAGAAGAAGAAGAUGGUGCCGCCGCACCGGGCCCUGCAUUUCCCGGUGGCCUUCCCCCCGGGCGGGAAGCCCUGCUCCCAGCACAUUAUCUCUGUAACUGGGUUUGUCGACAGUGACAGGGAUGACCUCAAGUUAAUGGCCUACCUAGCCGGCGCCAGGUACACAGGCUACCUGUGUCGCAGCAACACGGUCCUCAUCUGCAAGGAGUCUCUAGAUGCUUGGAGAGUGCCAUUGAAAGUGUCACCAGAGCUGCUGAUGGGCGUAAGGCUGCCUCCCAAACUGAAACAGAAUGAAAUAACUAACAUCCAGCCUUCUUCCAAAAGAGCCAGAAUUGAAGAUAUACCACCACCCACCAAAAAGUUAACACCAGAAUUGACCCCUUUUGUGCUUUUCACUGGAUUUGAGCCUGUUCAAGUUCAACAGUAUAUUAAGAAGCUCUACAUCCUUGGCGGGGAGGUCGCCGAGUCUGCGCAGAAGUGCACCCACCUCAUUGCCAGCAAGGUGACACGCACGGUGAAGUUCCUGACGGCUGUGUCCGUGGUGAAGCACAUCGUGACUCCGGAGUGGCUGGAGGAGUGCUUCCGGUGCCAGAAGUUCAUUGAUGAGCAGAACUACCUCCUCCGAGACGCCGAGGCUGAGGUGCUGUUCUCCUUCAGUUUGGAAGAGUCCUUGAGGAGGGCACACGUCUCUCCGCUCUUUAAGGCGAAGUACUUCUACAUCACACCCGGCAUCUGCCCGAGUCUGGCGACCAUGAAGGCGAUCGUGGAGUGCGCGGGGGGCAGGGUGCUGUCCCGGCAGCCGUCCUUCCGGAGGCUCAUGGAGCACAAGCAGAACAAGAGUUUGUCAGAAAUAAUUUUAAUAUCCUGUGAAAACGACCUCCACUUGUGUCGAGAGUACUUCGCCCGAGGAAUCGGUACGUAGCGCCCCGCCCGCCCGCCCGCCCGC